CAAAGUAAGGUUGCCAACAAAACGCACAGCCGCACGUAAACAAGUCUGCAAGUUGUGACCGGAAAUGACGCUCAGGGAUUCGACAAGACUCAACUAGUCUAUUGUAGAAUUCUAUUGUAGUUGUUGAUUUUAGAAUACCUUCAAUACAUCUGCAGUAAUUCCUUGUCUAGCAUUUCUGAUUCACACUUUUGUAUCGAGAAUGUUUCAUGCAUGAAGAGAGAUCAGACAUGUGAAAGGUUAAUUCUGUUCCAGAGCACAGAGCAGCACUGGGUGGGGAGGAGCAUGCAACGUCACUUUACUGAAGUGAAACUGAAGUGUGUAGACGUACUGUACAUUGCCCACAUAUGCAAACGGUCUCACACUCUUGUGUAAAAUCUAAAACAGUACCGAUAAAUUGGAGAAAGUGCCCACCCUCUUCCACACACAGAUACAGAAUCUCUCUAGAUAUGGCUUCCUCCAGCAGUCUCCUAUCUGAAGAGCAGUUCCUGUGUUCUAUCUGUCUGGAUGUGUUCACUGAGCAAGUCACCACUUCAUGUGGACACAACUUCUGCAUGGCCUGUAUCAGAACGUACUGGAAUAGCAAGGAUCUGUACCAAUGUCCAGUGUGUCAGGAGAAAUUCUCCAGACGGCCUACACUUCGUGUCAACACAACUUUCAGAGAGGUUGUAGAGAAUUUUAAAAAGAGGAGAGAAAAGGGUAGACAUGGGCCCCCUCUUAAACCUGGAAAUGUUGCCUGUGACGUCUGCACUGGGAUGAAGCGCAAGGCCUGGAAGUCCUGCCUGGUGUGUCUGACCUCUUACUGUGAGACUCACCUGGAGCCUCAUCAGAUAGCCUCACCCUUAAAGAGACACAAACUGAUCAACCCUGUGGAGAAUCUGGAAGACAGGAUGUGUAAGAAGCAUGACAGACUCCUGGAGUUGUUCUGUAGGACUGACCAGACAUGUGUGUGUCAGUUCUGCACUGAGGCAGACCACAAGACUCAUGACACUGUCUCUAUAGAGGAAGAGUGUGGAGAGAGGAAGGCUCAGCUGGGGAAAACUGAGGCGGAAGUGAAGCUGAUUAUCCAGGACCGACAGAAGAAUGUUAAACAGAUCAAACUCUCAGUAGAUCUCAGCAAGAAGGAUGCAAAGAGAGAGAUAGAAAACAGUGUACAAGUCUUUACUGCUCUGGUGCGCUCCAUUGAGAAAAGCCAGGCUGAGCUUGUUGAGGUGAUUGAGGAGAGGCAGAAAGCAGUAGAGAGGCAGGCUGAAGGGUUCAUUAAAGAUCUGGAGCAGGAAAUCACGUAGCUGAAGAGGAGAAGCACUGAUCUGAGGCAGCUCUCACAGACUGAGGACCACCUCCAACUUCUCCAGAACUACCCAUCACGAGUGUACAAACCUCCACCCACCAAGAACCUGUCUGAGAUCAGUGUUCACAGUGAUCUGUGUGUGGGGACUGUGAGGAGAGCUGUGUCCCAGCUGGAGGAGAUACUGAAUAAAGAGAUGGAGAAGCUGCCUGAGGUCAAACUGAAGAGGAUUCAGCAGUAUGCAGUGGAUGUGACUCUGGACCCUGAUACAGCACAUCACAAACUCAUCCUGUCUGAAGAUGGGAAACAAGUGAGAACUGGAGACACACAGCAUAAUCGUCCUGACAAUCCAAAAAGGUUUGACGGUCAUCGAUUUGUCCUUGGAAAGGAUGGCUUCUCAACAGGGAGAUUUUACUAUGAGGUGAUUGUUAAGGGGAAGGCUAGAUGGAAUUUAGGAGUGGUCAGAGAGUCCAUAGACAGGAAGGGGAUUAUUAUACUGAGACCUGAGGAUGGACUCUGGACUGUGUCCCGAAGGGACGUAAAUGUGUACGUGAGCUGGAUCUUCCCCCCUGUCCUCCUCUCCCUGACAAAGAAGCCCCAGAAGGUGGGGGUGUUUGUGGACUAUGAGGAGGGUCUGGUCUCCUUUUAUGAUGUGGAGGCCAGGUCUCAUAUCUCAUCUUACACUGGCUGCACCUUUACAGAGAAACUCUUUCCAUACUUCGGCCCCUCUGAUAAUGAUGAUGGUCAAAACUCAGCCCCUCUCAUCAUCUCUCCUGUCAAUCACACACACUGAUUAAACAACGGAAAGGGAAUGGAUCAUUCAUUAAUUGCAUUAAUAAAUCAUUAAAUAUAUCAAUUUAUUAUAUUUAAUCAGUCGACAUUACACAUGAUUAUAUUUUCCAUGGAUGUCCUCUGAAAUCUCAUCAUCAAAUGAAAAGUGAAACCUCUUUACUCUGUUAGGGACAGAUGGAAUAUUAUUGGGAGAGGGGUGGUCCGAAAUAGGGGAGGGUUCUCAAACCUUUUUUAUUGCUUUGGGGAUGGUUGUGUGUUUUCUUUUGGGGGGGGGGGGGGUAGUGCAAUUUUUCCUCAUUUACAUUCACCAUUCUGCUCGUAUUCUCCCAAUAAACAAUGACUUACUUUUGAUAUUACCCUAAUAAAGAUUUGAAACGUUUGGGAAA